AUGAAGGAAUACUUCUAUCAGACGAUUUUCAGGGCCAACCUCGGCGAUUGGCCAGGCUUCAGUCCCGUCGGUGAUGGGCUUUGGAGUCGGGCCCGCAAGUUCCCAGCGCUCGUGAACUGUACCACCAUUGACUGGUUUCAACCCUGGCCGGAGGAUGCCCUGCUGAACGUCGCACAGAAGUUCUUGGCAAAAUUGGAUGAGCUCGGUGCGCAGGACAGUCCUGCAAGGCUUGCCAUCGUGGACUUCUUUCCAUACAGCUUUGAGGCUGUGAACCAGCUGUCGCACAAGUUCAUCCAGGAGCUGUGCGUGAUUUAUUUUUUUGGACCAUUGCUUCCGGUAUGGGCAGCAGGACCAGAGGGAGGCGUGGAGCUCUUCGAGAUGAUCGGGGCAACAUUUAAGCUCGAGCUGAGUGGCCCUGGCCUGAAUUACAAGGAUCGUGCGGUAGUCCGGGAUGCGGGCACAGGCUGCCCUGGUCGAUCAGAUGCAGCAGAAUCAGACAAGCGGAGGCAGUCCUUGUCAGUAGCACCUUAUGUGUAUCACCCGCAUGCGGAACCCUCGCCCCUGGUGCAUGGGGGACCGAUUAUCGAAUCUGCAAACCAGCUUGGAUGGCUUAAGGCCAGCUGGUACCCUGUACAAAUGCGGAUCCGUGGUUCCUUUCCAAUUUGCUAUUGUGCAGCUUCAGACGAGACGAAUUAUCUUGCAAGCUUCGGCAUUUCCCUUCCUUCAGCAGAGUCUCCCUGCGACCGGGACAAUGCCUUGUAUCGCUACGUUGGAGUAAUUUAUGCGAUGGGCAUCAAGCACAGCGAAGAUCCCAUUGCCGCAUGCCUGGUGGUGGGUGCCACUCAGAUCCAGCAGGGCUGCCAGAUCACUGUUCGGUCAGACCGCGGUGGCCUGUCGGCGCAGGACAUGGCUGAGCUUACUGAAGGCGACCCUGCCGUACCUUGCGGCGAGGCAAGCUCAGGCACCAUGCUGCAACCCAGGAGAGGGGACGCCUCUGCCUGGACAUUCCAGGUGCCAUCGGACACCGCCACCAACGGCUUCACCACAGCAAUCACGGACUCAGGAGCGCAGCGGCUGCUGAAGGUCUGCUACUGCGAGAACUACGCCAGUGCCUCUUCUGACGGUGCCUGUGGAGCAGCAGACUGGCAGCACGCAGGGACUCUCUCCCUUGUGGGCUUUGCCGGGAACACAGUGCCAGAGGUCCACUGCUACCGCGGCCAGCUGUGCCGCUUGGGCCGUGCAGAAGCAUUCGGCAUGGGCAAGGGAGAUACCGUGGUCCCCGUCGCUGGCAACUCAAGCUGUGCCGACUUGGACGGCAAGGUCUUUGCCUCCACAUCCUUAGUGACAUUGCUCGGCGACAGCACUGCCAGAGUGAGUGUUGAGAUCCUGGAAUAUGAGAAUGACAUGGCGACAGUUUGCUACUGUUCGGCAGCAGUUCAUGGAAUUUUCGCAUGUCAGAAUGGUCAGGGCAGGUUCUUUAACAUGCUGAUGGGCUACGUGCGCUCCAGCGGCCUUGGGGGAGGCCUCCGCUUCGAUUGUGUCCCAUCCUCGCCACGCUGCCCUGGCGAGCCGGUGCUUUUGCAUGGCGAGGACGCCGAGGUGGCCAAGAGGGGCAACCUCUUCCUUGCAGAGAUGAAAUACCGGCCCUGUGAUGAUCUAGCUGCAUCAGCAGUUCAACAAGCGUCGCUCAUUCCCGACGGUCAGUCAGUCAGAGUCGAAAUGCCGUGGCCUCUGCAUUCAGGCUCUUAUGCUCUUUGCUUCUGCGAGGGCAACCUCGGAUGUCCCGGCCAGGCUGGGCAGUCCAGUGUUUCGCUGCAGCAUGUCGGCGAGCUCCGGGUAUUGGGGGCAUUGAGGUCAGUCGUGCUUUCGGCAGAUGUUGGCUUCGCCACCAUCCCUCUGAAGGUACGCCUUGAGGCAGCCUCAUAUGGAAUAAGGUGCUGUGCACGGCUUGGCCAACAUGACGUGCGCCAGGAGUGCAAGGACUUAGUCCCGAUCAGGCAGGAGGUACUGUCAUACCCAGGCACGCACUGGUUUCCUGUGGUCCUCACAGAGCCUCUGGACCUGGAGAUGACGGACGGUCACGGCAUGCUGGUGAACAUUACCUGUGCCGCCAUGGGAGAGAGUGGGGACUGCGCGCAGAACGGCACGGCUCCGGGCCUUGACUCAUUUCCCUGCCGUCAGCCAGAUGGUUUGGCACUGUCACUCCAGCUCCCGAUCCGACCAUUGGCUUGGGCGCAGCGGCCUUGGCGGCGCCCUGUUGGCGGUGCCCUGGGCACGGAGGAAAUGGCUGAGAUGAGCGGCUUGACUUCGCAGAUGAAGGCUGUCCCGACGCCUGAUCAUGACGCGCAACUGCGAGGAAUCUGCGAUCGUCUCGAAACUACAGAAGGCAGCUUCCAGAGCCUGCCCUGCAAGGCCAUGGAGUGCACGGACCAGAACUUUGCUCGCGGCCUCGUCCCGGGAGAGCACGAGCUCUGCAUCUGCGAGGCAGCGGCGGUCUCCACCUUACACGCCUGCAAGGGCUGGCACCGCCUGGGACACCUGGAGAUUUUCGGGCCCUACCCGCUCGCGGAGGUUGUACAUGGGUCUGUGGGCCUCCUGACCGACGUUACAUUCACGGGCCUGGGCUUCAGCCCAGAGGACAGCCUCAUCUCGGUGCCUGUCAGCUCGGGAAAUAUUGAUCCAGGAACUGCAUGUAUCGGAAACGGGCGACUGCUCCCUGCGCAGAGCACCUUGCACAGUCCAACAGAAUGGAGCGCAACUUCGAUGCAGUUCCAGGUGCCCUUCGCUGAGGGGAUCCAUGCCUUGUGUUGGCUGCCUGCAGGGAAUGCCAGGCUUCCGCACUAUGUCGGAAGUGCCGAUGUCUUCGGUGAGAGGACCGACUUCGAUGGUUGCCUGGUCGGGCCUUGGCGUCACCGCGCGCCAUGCUCCGCAGUCUGUGGUGUGGGCAGCGAGCUUUGGCUGCGCCAGAUCGUCGGUAUGCUCAACGACGAUGCCCACUGCCCCAACCUUGAGGAGGAGCGGCCCUGCGAGGGCCCUCCUUGCGAUGCGACCGUCAACGACUGGCACACCGACCCAGAAAGGCCGUUCGCGAACGCGCCCUUUGACCUGCACAUCAUCGGCAGCAACCUGACCGGUGACUUACAGGGAGUUCUCGUCAAGGAUGAAGGUCAGCUGGCCACAGUGACAGACGCGCAAGGGCUUUGCCGCUACGACUCGACCAUCGUCGCCAGGGGGACCUGCAUCGCCAGCUCGGUCUCUACACAGGCCCUUGACCAGGUUUGUCGAUUCGAGGGAGGGCCUCCUGACGACGGAGUGCAUCAGGUGUGCGUAUGCAUGACUGCUUUGGAUGGCUCUGGCAGGUGCCUUGCUUUUCUGCCAGCCCUUGGCAGCAUCACAAUACAACUUGCUGUGGCCUUUCUGCCCGAAGAGGAGAGCCAAUCUGCUGCGGGCGCGGUUUUGGCAGUUCUCGCAGUCCUUGUCUGCCUGUGCGUGGCGCCACUCUUGGCAUGCCCGGGCCUUCGCAAGAAGCUUUGGAAGAGAAUCAAGCGGCGCUGCUUCCGCCAGCCAGACUCCAAGGUUUCUGCACUUCCGGUGGAACAGAAGGGAGAGGAUGCUGCAGAUUUCGAAAGGGACGAAGACGAAUUGAGCAAGCAGGGCGGUGGACAGCCCGAGGAAGAGCCGCAGGGUGAGCUGACCCCGCGCACAGACAUCGAAGGGCUCAACGAGCAGAUGGAGGCACCUCCCACUCCUGAUCACUCGGAGAAAGAAAGGUCCCCUGGCUUGGCUGCCUUCGAGGACAUUCCGCAGCCGCCUGAAAUUGUCGAGCCGGAGAGCAGGCCCGAUCAGACGGAUGCCGAGGAAAGUGAGGCUUCUUUGACAAGCCCGCCGUCCACCACAAAGUCUCGCAAGGAUCGGAAGAAGCGCAAGGAGGAGCGCAAGGAGGAGCGGCGGAGGGCCAAGGAGGAGAGGAAGCAAGCCGAGACUGCUCCAGAAGGCAAGUCGACUUUGCAGCUGCCGCGACCCCUGCCGCCGCCUCCAUUGCGGUCGCCUCCGAAGAGCCUGCCGGCCUUGCCCUUCAGCGCUUCCUUCCACAGCGAAGGCAGCAGAAGUCCUGCGGCAGUCGAAGCCCUGGCAAAAGCGACGGCCAUCCUUCAAGCAGCACAGAAGUUCAAGAACAAUGUCGGCAAACAGGACGAUGCGAACCUGAGCGCGUACGGGCUGAGCAUGAAAGCGUUGUCCAAAGCCGUGGCUGGCCGAGACUCUGAGGUUCUUGACAAGGCCCUGAAGGAUGCUGAAGUGGCGGGAGUUGGUGUCGACCUCUUGGAGAAAGCGCGGGAGCGCCUGCGCGAGCUGCAGGAGCAAGAAGCAGCCCAAAAACUGCAGGAGGAAGCAGAGGUGGCCAGAAGAAAAGCCGAGGAGGAAGCGGAGGCGGCCAGAAAGAAGCUUGAGGAGGAAGAAGAAGCACGAAGACUGGAGGAGGAAGCAGAGGCUGCUGCCAGAAAGCUAGCCGAGGAGGAAGAGGCGGCACGAAGGCUGCAGGCCAGUGUUGUUCAAAACAACGCUGUUGUGUUGCAGACGUGGCCCCGUGCUGGUGCAACCGAAGAAGCAGAGGCUGCUGCCAGAAAACUAGCUGAGGUCGCCGCCUUUGCUCUGACAAGCCUUGAGGAAGCAGAAGCAGCCAGAAGAAAGGCCGAGGAGGAAGAGGCGGCACGACGACUGCAGGAAGAAGCAGAGGCUGCUGCCAGAAAGCUAGCCGAGGAGGAAGCAGAAGCCGCCAGAAGAAAAGCCGAGGAGGAAGAGGCACGAAGGCUACAGGAAGAAGCAGAGGCUGCUGCCAGAAAACUAGCUGAGGAGGAAGCAGAAGCAGCCAGAAGAAAGGCCGAGGAGGAAGAGGCGGCACGACGACUGCAGGAAGAAGCAGAGGCUGCUGCCAGAAAGCUAGCCGAGGAGGAAGCAGAAGCAGCUAGAAGAAAAGCCGAGGAGGAAGAGGCGGCACGAAGGCUGCAGGAAGAAGCAGAGGCUGCUGCCAGAAAACUAGCUGAGGAGGAAGCAGAAGCAGCCAGAAGAAAGGCCGAGGAGGAAGAGGCGGCACGACGACUGCAGGAAGAAGCAGAGGCUGCUGCCAGAAAGCUAGCCGAGGAGGAAGCAGAAGCCGCCAGAAGAAAAGCAAAAGCCGAGGAGGAAGAGGCACGAAGGCUACAGGCCAGUCGUGUUCCAAGCAACGCUGUUGUGCUGCAGACAUGGUGCAAGACUGUUAGACCGGAUAUAGAUGGCACAUCGAACAUGAAACAGGAAGAAGCAGAGGCUGCUGCCAGAAAGCUAGCCGAGGAGGAAGAGGCACGAAGGCUGCAGGAAGAAGCAGAAGCUGCUGCCAGAAAGCUGGCCGAGGAGGAAGCGGAAGCAGCCAGAAGAAAAGCCGAGGAGGAAGAAAUGGCACGAAGGCUGGAGGAGGAAGAAGCAGAGGCCGCCAGAAAGCAAGCUGAGGAAGAAGCAGCGCGGGCCUCCCUUCUGGCGCUGAACGAGCUGCUGGCGGCCAUGAAGUUGUCCGAUCUACCUGCCUUGCAGAAGGCAUUAUCAACAGCAAGAAGUGGUGGAGUCAGUGAGGAGAUCCUGCUCCAAGGCGAGCAAAAGCUAGCCGCCCUCCAGGCGCAGCAGGAGGCCGAACGACAUCGCAGAGAGGUCGAGGCUGAGCUGCUGGCUGCCCUCACUGGAGAUAUGGCUACGCUCACAGCCGCCCUGAUCCGUGCGGAGGCCGCCAAGGCCGAUGCGGAGGUUUGCGCUCGGGCACGUGAGGCCCUGCUGCGCAUGAAGCGAUUCGAGGUUGAGCAGGCGACCGAGCAGCUGAUUGAAGCCAUGGCCGGCGAGGACGUGCAGGCUCUGGAGGCGGCUCUUCACCGAGCACGUGAGGCCGACGUGGACGCGAACCUCAUCCAGGAUGCAGAGGCGGCGCUGCAGGACCUCCGCGAGCUUGCGCAGCAUGGGCCGGAGCGCCGGGAGGCAGAGAUGGAGCUUCUGGCUGCCAUCGAGAACAGAGACCUGGUGCGUGUGGAAGCGACCCUCGCGAAAGCGCGAGCGUUGAGAGUCUCGGAGGAGGUCUUGCGGGCAGCUCAAGCCCUGCUUCAUUCUGCAGAAGCCGAAGCUGCCCUUUCGAGAGCCAUGGAUGGCCGCAACAUCCAGGCCCUCAUGGCUGCUCUGCAAAGUGCCGCGGCAGCUGGCGUUGAUGCUAGCUAUCUGCAUAUGGCUGAGGAGCGAUUGCGUCUGCUGCAGGCAGAGGCACACCACUCUGAGGACGACAUCCUGCACGCUUUGCAGCAUCGUGAGCAGGAGUUCGAGGCUCCCAGGCGCCCGUCGCUUCACCAUGCGGACAGCUCUCAUACUUCAUUGGAUGCCAGGGUGCCGCCUGCGCGUUCGACAUACAUCGCUCAACGCAACGAGUCUGAACUGGCCUUCGCUUUGUCGAAGGGUCAGAGGGACGACAAGCGGAGCGAUAGCAAGGACAAGAAGAAGGCUCCCUUCCGGCCAUCGCUCAUGGGCCAGACCCUCAUCGACGGUGGAACGCUCAUGCUUUGGAAGUCUGGGCAGUCGAACGGCCCUGCUGGUGCCCCUAGGCCAGCCACCACAGCCUCCGGCGAUCCUGUGGGUGGAGAGAGGCCCGCUUCGUCCGAUGGACCUCGCGAGCAUGGAGCCGGCUUCAGCUUCAGGCCCGAGUGUCGCUGCUGCAUGUGCCCCCUCACAUCCACCAGGGAAAGCUGGGCAUGGCAGCAAAAGAGCGUCGAUUCAGUCUUCGGGGCGCAGGCCCUCGGACGCGAGGCCCAGCUCAGCGACAAGGAGACCCUUGCCCGAGCGGCCGCGCUCGGCUGCGCGGCCCGCACCAAGUCGGCCGCUCUCAGCGAAGCCGCCGCGGUGAGGUUGCAGCCGCCCGCGCAAGAUGCCCACGUUGUAAAGGUAAUUCGUCUGGCAGCUGCCGAGGAGAAGCGCUUCGCCUACACUACGCCCAAAAGCUUCUUGGAGCUCAUCAAGCUCUACUCAGGCAUGCUUGGCAAGCAGGUGUUUGCGCUCGCGGACAAGAAGGCGAGGUUGUCCAGCGGCCUUAUCAAGCUUCGAGCCACGCAAGAAGAGGUCGCGAACCUGGAGGAAGACUUAAAGGAAAAAGCUGUCGUGGUGAAAGAAAAAGCUGAGAAAGCCGACACAUUUGCUGAUGAGGUUGGCCGCGAGAAGACGAAAGUGAACACAGAGGCAGAGAAGGCAAACAUUGAGGCCGUGAAGUGCGCGCAGAUCGCGCAACAGGUCGCUGAGAAGAAGGAAGACUGCAUGCGAGAUUUGGAUGCUGCCUUGCCGCUGGUACAGCAGGCUGAGGCAGCCUUGGAUGUCCUGGACAAGAAGGAGUUCAAUGAGCUUAAGGCCUUGACGCGACCUCCGACAGAUGUUGCAACAGUGUGUGAGACCGCAUUGCACCUGCUGGCUGGAAUCGAUCCUCUGAUUGACAUCGACAAGAAGGGCAGGCCGAAGGACAGAACCUGGAAGGGCAUACAGAAGAUGAUGACCGACCCGAACAAGUUCCUCGCCCAACUCAAGGGCUUCAAGCUGGUGAUUGACGAAGGAAAAGUACCGCCCCAGAACGUGGACGAGGCUCGGAAGCUGAAGGAUGGGCUAGGCGAGGCCUUCUUCCCAGAGAACAUGAAGAAGAAGUCGCAGGCAGCGGGAGGCCUCAGCGAGUUUGUCAUCAACAUCAUCAAGUACUACGACGUGGUCUCUCAAGUGGAGCCCAAAAAAAGGUCGCUGCAGGAAGCGACCGAGACGCUGGAAAAGGCCAAUGAGAGGCACAGAGAAGUGACGGCGAUGGUCAAGGACUUGGAGGACAGGCUUGCCACGCUGGUCGCAGAAUUUGACCAGGGAGGGGUCAGACUUCGUGAGAAGCACACCACCAGUUUGUUCAAGCAAGAUCCACCGAAGCGAAAGAUUUCCACACGAUCCUCUGAUCCGGGUGUGUCCUUGCCGGAGACUUUCGUUCCGGCGUCACUUGAUGGUAGCGAAGGUGUCUAUGUUUGUGAGGAGAGCCCCCUCGCCGGGCUCUCUGCUAGCAUCAAGAACUUGGGGACAUGGCAUCAUUGGUAUCGACCACCCUGGUUCCUGAAGCAGGGCGAUGUCAUGACGCUAUUUGCAGCUUUGUGCCGAUCGUCUGCAGACUUGACAUACAAGCGGCACAUCAUCCCGACCAAUGAUGGCGGCGCUUUGGCCCUCGACGUGGUGUUGAAGGACAGCCAUGGCACAGCUGCCCCCGGCAUCGACGGCCGAGCACCUGUUGUGCUACUCCUGCCAGGGCUUGGCGGCAGCAGUCAGGGCGGAUAUGUCAAAAACAUGGCCGAUAAGUUGACUAGCCACGGGUUUGCUGUUGGCGUGCUGAACAUGCGCGGGUGUGCUGGCUGCUCACUCCGGACUCCGCGCUUCUUCUCGGCAUACAGGGGAUCCACAGAGGACAUGAGAGAGGCCAUCCAAUUUCUGCGAAUCCAGUUGAUCAAGCCAUCGAACACGCAAAAACCGGUGUUUGCAGUGGGAUGGAGUUUGGGCGCCAACAUCUUGGUCAACACGCUUGCAGAACAGAAUGGAACUGCAAGCAGCUACUUGGAUGGUGGCGUAGCCCUUUGUGCUACUCACUGCCUGGUCCGCUGCGGCCGGCAGGCAAGGGAGCGCUGGGUUACGAAACAUGUCUAUAGUCGCUUUGUGACGCGGAAUCUGCUGAAAUGCUUGCGACCUGCGAUGCCGCAAUACAGCAGCGGACCAGUGCUUGCAUGGAACGGAACAGAUGCUUUGGUCGACAGUCUGAGGCUGCAGUCUGCAAAGGAAGUUUUUGACAUUGAUGAAGCACUUGUUCGACGAAUGUUUGGGUACAGCUCCGUGGAGGAGUAUUACUACCACGCCAGCUCCUGCCGCCGGGUGGAGAAUGUUUCCGUGCCGCUGUUGAUGGUCAGCGCUGCGGACGAUCCCAUGAGCACUGGAUGGGUUCCAUUUGACAGCAUACGUGCCAAUCCCAACGUACUGCUAGCCUACACUUCCCAUGGCGGACACCUCGGUUGGCAGGACGACUCAGAUGCACUCCGGUCCGACUGGGUGGAAGACGUUGCAGCAGAAUUUCUAAAGAGGUGCCAGAACAAAUUGGACAUGGCUCAGCGCCUGGUGGGCGCGCUAAGCGCCAAUGGUGUCAUCUGGGAGCAAACCGUGGAAAGGACAUCAGAAGAGCUCGUCUACAUUCCGGGCGAUUCCUUGGUUGCAUGCUCAUUCGCAUCCUACCUUGGCGUGUUCUCUCGGGAAUACCGCGAGACUGCCACAGCCAACUUUGUUGACUUCCUGCAGGCACGCAGCGUGCCUCUUGGGCCCGAGAUCAGCCCACUGCAGGUUCUGUCCACGGAAGCCGAGCAGGCGAGGUGGUGCGCCAAUGGCUUGCCAAGUGACCGGGUGUCCUUGGAGAACGGCGCAAUCAUGACGUGCAGUCAGCGAUGGUGCCUCGUCAUUGAUCCUCAGCUUCAGGGCAUCGUGUGGAUCAAGAACAAGGAGGCCGAGCGGAAUCUGCAAAUCACGCGCAUGGGAACGCCGAAAAUGGUACAAGUUUUUGAGAAGUCCAUCGAAGCCGGCCACAGCGUGCUUGUCGAGAACAUGGGCGAACACAUUGAUGCAGUGCUCCAGCCUGUUAUCGCUCGCAACACCAUCAAACGUGGCACGCGCAAAGUCCUGAAACUUGGGGACAAGGACAUUAACUACAAUGACAAGUUCCGCCUCUUCAUGCAGACGAAGCUCUCCAAUCCACACUAUCCGCCUGAAAUUCAGGCAAGUGAAGAUGACAAAUAUGCCAAGCCGCCAAAGCUCUUCUUGCUCCUUGUGGCCAAGCGCUUGGCCUACGGCCCUGGGGGUGUGCUGCAGGCCACCCCAGGACACAUGGGCACCGAUGCCGUCGAUGAUUUUACCAAACUCGAGGCUGAUGUGAUACGAUGGCUGCUGGCCAGGGAAGAUGUGAGGAGCAGCGUGCAUCUCGCCUUGGCCGGCAAGACUGAUGAGGCGUCAGACGCGAUCCUGACCAUCGUAAAAGGCCUGAUCGACACGGCCCCGACACCUCCGACACCCUCUGCACCAUCUUCGUCAGCUUCCAAGCUCCCCAAGGCGAAGCUUGCAAAACGAGCGGCGGCCAGGCCGACAAGCCAGCAAUCUCCAGAGAAGCGUCCGCGACAAGAAGCCGAUGAAUAUUGGCUGGACGAAUGCUCUCGAGCAGUUGAGGCAGACCGCCUUCAGGCAGAGGAGCGGCGCCGUGAGAAGAAGCGCGCCGAGAUCGUCGACCUCGAGCUCCCGGCGAGGCCGGAUCCCCCACUGCCACUUUUCUGGCGGAUUGACAUGCCGGACGUUCUGAAGGUGCUCUCCCAACGUGGCGUGCUGCCCCGGAGCUUUCUGCCAGUGGUUCGGCCACACGUUACUCUGCUCUACAUUGGAGGCGAAGGAUCCGAGGAGCGCGCAGCUGCUCGUGCCGGCCUUUCCGCCACGGAGUUCAGAGCGGCCAAGCAGACCCUGGAAGAACUCAAAGGCUCCACAGUUGCCAUCAAGAUGACCGAAAUCAUCAUAGAAGAGAACGUGGCCUGUGCUCUCGUUGACCUGCCAGAGGGUGUUCCUUGUGGGAGCAAGGUGCCGCAUCUGACGCUGGGCACGCGCGAGGGCGUGCCAGCCCGGCAUGCAAACGACAUAUUGGAAGAGGUCCGUGAUGGGCGCAAAGAAGGCAUUACUCGCAUCCGUUUGCCAAAGCCAAAGGAGCUUAGAGGCGUGCUGGAUCUGGAGACAUCCGCCACAUACAAUGGCAAGACCUAG